ACCUGGCCCAGGGCUGCCAGGCACGGCCGUACAGACUCGGUACAACACCAAAGGGUUCUUGCUCCUUCCCCUUGAGCAUAUAGGAGAGCGGGUCUUCCGGACAUCUAGAUAGGUCAACAUGUCGGAUACAGCACUCCCUGUCGCCGACCAAAUCACCCAGCUCAACGCAGCCCGCGAAAUCUCCGACCGGGACCCCGCAUUCUAUCCCACAAUCGUCGAAGGAAUCCUUCCAAUAGCCGUCAAACCAGAAAUCGAGCUCCGGAGAUGGAUAGCAGAGUACCUUUCCAAUGCAUUUGCUUCGCCAAAGUUGGAUGAUGGGGCCAAAUUGAGUUUGGGAUUGAAGUGUCUUAAGACGCUACAAGCAUUCGUAAAUGAAGAUGAUACCGUAUUGUUGAAGAGUUCGAUUCAGGCGUGUGCGUCUAUAUAUCAUAUUGUGUUUGGGUAUAUAUGCACAAAUGGCAAGGAGGACGCCAGGUCAUGGAAGAUCAUGACCGCAAUUAAAUCCAGAGUUCUGAGAUUGUGGGAUGAGGGAGCGGAGGGUGUACGAAUCUGCUGUGUCAAAUUCGUGCAGCGAGUCGUUUUCGUGCAAACUCCUGGCGCAAAAGACCCCCGACUGGCCAAUAAGUCCGAUAUCUCAUUGAGCCACGUCCCAUUGACUCACCCAGUCCUGAAAUACGUGAACCUGGAAGCCGAAGGACAAGGCCUCCUUGACCGCCUCCUCGACGUCUUCCAUGACAGGCCUCCCAACCCCAUCCUCAUCACCGCAACCCUCAACGCCGUCGCCAUCCUCGCGCGAACUCGAGCGACUAUCUCAUCCAAGAUCAUCCUCACCAUCCUGGCACAACGAACAACAGAUCUUGUGAGUGAUGAGAACGACGUCGUUAAGGCGAGACUUCAGGUCCGGUGUAUCGACAAAGCCAUCAAAGUACUCUUCACAAAUCUUUUGCGCACGAAUUCGGCGGGACAGCAUGCGCUUCGUCUUCAACAAUAUCUCAGCGAACAGGCGGCACGGCCGAGACCGCCCGUUGUUGGUGAAGACCUUUCGCGGAAACGUGCGGCGGCUGCGGCGGAAUUCGAGGAUCCCGUCGUUAAGAGGGCGAGGAUGGCGGAUGACUACACACCAACCCCACCCCUCCCCAACCCCACCACUACACCCGCCCCUAUCCUCACCCAACCCCCAGCACCCGCCCCACCAUCAGGCCCAAUGUCCCUAGCCCAAUUCUUCACUCUCGACCCACCAAACCCACUACAAAGCUUCGACGUAUCGACGCUCCCAACGGAACUGGUAAUCCAGAUGGCAAUUGGUGGGUUGGCUGCUGUUGAUGGUGGGAUGAUGGAGGAGGCGGUGCAAGCGUUGAGAGUGAAGUAUGUCGCAUUGCAGCAGAAUCCGGCACUACUUCUCGGACCUGGUGCCGCCGCUUCUGGUAUGACGGCUCCACCAGCUCCUAUUCAGGAAUCUCAGGCGGCGCAGGAGGAGGCUGUGGAGGAACAGCCAGAGUUUACGAUGGCGAGGUUUGAGAUGCCGAGGCCGGCUGCGUUGGGGCCUGCGGAGGUUGCGCAGCAGUUCGCUGGGGCUGUUGAGCGGAUUUUGGGAUCUGUUGUUACCACCUCCUCGGCAGCCACUGCUACCAAAGCUCAAGCCGGUAUUGACCGUAUGGCUGCCACAUCCUGGGACAAAGAAAGUUGGGUACAAUUAUUGAGUCGGCUCAGUACCCGCGGGCUUUCUAUCAUCGAUUUCUCGGAAGUCAAGACGGAGGGACAGGGGAGUUUGGCGGAUUAUGUUAGGGAGAGGUUGUUUCAGUAUGUUAUGACGGAGUUUAGGGAGAAGAUUGAUAUCGCGGUUGCGUGGUUGACGGAGGAGUGGUACCACGACAAAAUGAUGCUCAAAGAAAAGAAGGAAACUUGGCAGCCGCAGUAUGAGAAGUGGGCAUCGAGGGUGAUCGAGUCAAUGAUUCCCUAUCUGGAAGCGAAAGAUAAGAUCUUCCUACGCCUGGUGUCGGAACUACCGGAGCUCACGACGGGUAUGGUACAGAGUCUUAGGGCUUUGUGUCUUGAUCCGGAUAAGACGAAGUUGGGGUUUAUGGCGUUGGGGUAUCUGAUUAUGUUGAGACCGCCGAUUCGGGGAACGUGUUUGGAUCUUGUGGAGGAGUUGUGCAGGGAGAAGCAUAAGGAGAUUAUGACCCCGCUGGAGAGGAUAUUGAAGAAGUGGAGGCCGGAGGCGUUGCAAGUCGAGACCGACGGUGAACAGCCUGCACCGGCGGUUGAGGCUGCGCAGGUCACCGCGUGAGGUAAAAGGGUGGAAGAGAACGUUCUGAGCAUACAGGAUAGUAUAGGCGUUUUUGAUCUUUUUCUUAAAAGUCUUUGUUUUAAGUGGUUUAGAUUAAGGCACCAUCGACGGCCCGCACAUUUGGCUGCUGCCAGGGUCCAAAUUCCGUCA